AUGUUGCUUCUGGUAUUUUUAAUAAUAAACAUUACACAUUGUGAUAAUAACAAUAGUCCAAACAGUAAUAAUAGCAGAAGAAGGCUGAACGAAACUAUCGAUGUCAGCGGAUACGUGAAAAUAAGUGAUAAGCUCUAUAGAGCUACCUGUAACUGCCCAUCGCAAAUUAAAUCACUUCAAGAUAUGAUUUACAGAACUAACACACUAUGUCGGCCCUCUAAAAUAAAGGUCAGAACACACAACUGUGAUCAAGUCGAUCAGGAGAUAAUUGAUAAUUUCAAGUAUAUUCCGCCAAAUGAUUUCGUUUACAUAUCUGAACAUCAUUUAUCAGCCAUGGAUGCAAGGGAAUCAUCAAAGUCGUUUUUCUGCCCAGGGGGAGAUUUAGGAAUGUUUAUGGAGGUAGUGAUGAACGUAUUCAAGUAUAACAAUAAUAACAUGCUAAGUGAGAGCGUAGUAACAGAUAUACUGAAGAACUACCUGCUGAACUUGUCUGAAAAUGUUAACUUCUAUUACAACAUUGACGAAACGGCACUAAACAACAUCAAAUCGGCCCUCAAUUGGGACAUGAUUGACCUGUACAAUAUCGACUACAAGUACCACGAAACUGUCAAGAAAUUAACAAUUGAAAAUAUAAGCGAUCAGUACAUAAAGUAUUUGUACGAAUUGCACGAUAAUAAACAAAUAGUAAUUUGGAGCAUUUAUUCUUUUUUUAAUUUACUCUGGGAUAAAUCGAGUGAAAAGUUAAGAAUAAAUGUAUACCCAGCUGCCUUACAAAAUCCAUCUGUUUUCAUAAAAGUUGAUGUGAACUUCGGCUGUGAAAUGGCAGAGGUGUUCCCUCUUCUCGAUGCACCAAUAAAGGACAAGCAGAUGUUGAUAUACUCUGAACUUCCCAUGAUAGUGAAGAGGAAUGUCUUAGUUAAGCAAAUCAGGGAUAAAUUCAACCUCGGAAUUGAUGACAUAAACUUAAUAUACAACAACUUGUACAAUGUCAAUUUCUCACUGCUCAACAACUUUCGUAAGUUGACUUGUUCCCUUAAUUCUUUAGUAAAACGAUUUCAUAAUAUGAAGUAUUACAACAUACUCUAUGUAUAA